GCUCGACCUUACCGCGAUAGGCAGUAGUUCAUCUGCCCCCACACUUCACACUGCACAACCACAUUGUCCUUCUCUCUACCAGCCUACGUACUGGAGGAGAGGGGAUGCCCAUUGUUGAGGAUGCGGGUGCAUUGCUCGGGCCUCAUGUCGAGGCCCCUGAGUCGCCCAGUUCUUUCCUCCCCGCGAGCAUGCUGCCAUAAGUUGUCCCGCCGAUUGCCGAAUCCCGCCAGACGUUCGUUGCAGAGCGAUAGCAGCAGAGAAAAGGCUCCGGACUUUGCGUUCGCUUUUGACAUCGAUGGCGUCCUCGUUCGGAGCUCCAAGCCGAUCCCCCACGCCUCGUCGACGCUCAGAUUCCUCCAGCACAAUCGGAUCCCUUUCAUGCUCCUCACCAAUGGCGGCGGCAAGCACGAAUCAGAACGAGUCGAAGACCUCUCCUCGACUCUUUCCGUGCCCCUCGACACGUCCAACUUCAUCCAGUCGCACACGCCCUUUGCCGAGCUGAUACAUGGAGAAGACAGCCUGCGGCACAAAUGCAUCAUGGUGGUCGGAGGCGAGUACGGACGAUGCAGGGACGUGGCUGAGAGGUACGGCUUUACAAACGUCGUCACACCUGGUGAUAUAUACAUGGCGCACCCGGAGAUAUGGCCGUUCAGCAAGCCCUUUCAGCGCGACUACUAUGCCUCGUUUGCUCGUCCGCUGCCCAAGCCCAUCACCCCGACAUCCCCCGAGGAGAGUCUCAAGAUCGAAGCUGUGUUCGUCUACAACGACCCGCGUGACUGGGGGUUGGACAUGCAGGUCAUUCUCGACGUGAUGCUGUCGCGCGAGGGCAUCAUGGGGACAUUUUCGUCCAAGAACGGCGACCUCGCCCUGCCGAACAGCGGCUUUCUCCAGGACGGACAACCGACACUGUACUUCUCGAACCCGGACCUGCUCUGGGCGGCCGACUACCACCUGUCGCGCCUAGGCCAGGGGGGCUUCCGGGAAGCCCUCGAGGGCCUGUGGCGCGCCGUCACGUACAACAAGAACCACCACAAGGCCCCGAAGCUGUACAAGCGCGUCAUCGGCAAGCCCUACAGGACGACGUACUCGUACGCGGAGAAGCAGCUGAUGCGAUACCGCGACUCCCUGUUCGGGAAGCAUCACGCGACCAAGUUGAAAAGAGUCUACAUGGUCGGGGACAACCCGGAGAGCGACAUUCGAGGCGCCAAUACCUACGAGUCGGCCCACGGCAUCAACUGGGUCAGCCUGCUGACGAGGACGGGCGUGUAUAAAGACCAGGACGGUCGACGGCCCACGUGGGAGCCCGCGGCGAUAGUGGAUGAUGUUAGAGGCGCCGUGCAGUGGGCGUUGAAGGACAGUAACUGGCACCAGUCCUUGGAAUAGACGAAAAGAAGCAUAGACUACUCCGGUCUUUUGGGAGGGCGGUUAUAUCUCAUACUUUUGGACAGGAGACAGACCCAUUUUUACACACGUCUUACACCGAAAAGACGCCCUUAGCCCUCUCGAGGAGGCAACUGCAUAGAACCUAGACGAAAUCAAACGUAUCACCUCCCUGA